GGGUGCCCAAGUCAGUGUAGUUCCCCAGCGUCCAGAAGACCUGAAACACCGCUCGAUAUACAGCCUCCAAGCAGUUAACGGCACACAAAUCCGAUCCUAUGGAGAACGUUCUAUCACUCUAAAUCUCGGUCUCCGUAGAUCCUUUCCUUGGAUUUUCAUCAUAGCUAAAGUGCCUACUGCAAUACUAGGCCUUGACUUCUUUCAGCACUAUGGCAUUAUCGUAGAUCCUAAGCGCUGUCAGAUCAUAGAUGGCCUAACGCAACUAUCACAGGCUGGUUUUAAGAGCUCCGUAAUGUCUAUGAGUCCGCAGCUUGUCCCGCCUCAAGCUUCUUCGAUGUAUUUGGAUCUGUUGCGCGAAUUUGCCAGCAUAACGAAGCCCGGAUAUCAUCCUGGUGAUAUCAAACAUGAGAUCGUUCAUAGGAUAACGACAGCAGGCAGUCCAGUAUUUCAUCGUCCUCGGCGACUAGCGCCAGAUAAACUUUCCGUAGCGAAGGCCGAGUUCGAUCAUAUGUUACAAUUGGGCAUAAUACGUCCAUCCAGCAGUAUGUGGGCAUCGCCCCUACAUAUGGUCCCGAAGAAUAAACCUGGAGACUGGAGACCAUGUGGGGAUUAUAGGGGACUGAACGCCAUCACCGUCCCAGACAGAUACCCCAUUCCGCAUCUCCAGGAUUUCUCAUCCUCGCUGUACGGAAAGAAAGUGUUCAGCAAGAUAGAUUUAGUACGGGCAUACCACCAAAUUCCCGUUCAUCCUCAAGAUGUACCUAAGACUGCCGUCACUACUCCCUUUGGCUUAUUUGAGUUCUUGCGAAUGCCAUUUGGUCUUCGUAAUGCAGCUCAGACGUUUCAACGUUAUAUAACUCAGGUCAUUCGCGAGCUGGACUUCGUUUUCGUCUACAUCGACGAUGUCUUAGUUGCAAGUCGAAAUCAUGACGAACAUUUGCGUCAUCUGCGACAGCUUUUCGAACGAUUUGCGCAUUAUGGGGUAGUUAUCAACGCCGCCAAGAGUCAGUUAGGAGUUGAUACGGUAGACUUUCUUGGUCACCGUGUUUCCUCCGCUGGAAUUGCACCCCUACCGGACAGAGUGACAGCCAUCACUGAGUAUCCCAUACCUGAUUCCAUCAAAAAGUUACGCCGGUUCGUUGGCAUGGUUAACUUCUACCGAAGAUUCAUCCCGCACUGUUCAGAGUUAGCCCAGCCACUUACCGAACUACUCAAAUUAGAUGCUAAAACAUUCAGCUUUACGGAAUCAGCUAAACACGCAUUCAGCGAGCUAAAACACCAGCUAGCAACUGCCACUCUUCUUGUGCAUCUGGAUCCUAAGGCCCCGUUACAGUUAACGGUGGAUGCCUCAGAUGCAGCUGUAGGUGGUGUGCUUCAACAAAGACAGAGAGGUGAAUUGUAUCCAAUUGCCUUUUUCUCUAAGAAAUUGCAGCCUGCCGAACGACGUUAUAGCACGUUCAGCAGAGAACUCUUAGCUAUUUACCUCAAUGUGCGUCAUUUCCGACAUUAUUUGGAAGGACGUACGUUCACGAUAUUCACCGAUCAUAAGCCGUUAACGUAUGUACUGCGUUCUGCUUCUGAUCGUCUUUCCCCACGAGAAACUAGACAAUUAGAUUACAUUUCCCAAUUUACUUCUGACAUACGGCAUUUGUCCGGCGCGAAUAACGCCGUAGCAGAUGCCUUAUCAAGGGCGGAAAUCAACGCUCUAUUCGAACAUUCCUCCAUUGACUUCCAAGAACUAGCCACAGCGCAGCAUCAGGAUAAUCAGUUUCUUCAACAACUGCAAGAAACCAAUCUUCAAGUGAAAGCCAUUCCGCUGCCUGGUAGUUCGGAUGUUCUGAUGUGUGAUCUUUCGACAGGAAAACCACGACCUGUCGUACCACCAAACUAUCGGCGAAUCAUCUUCGAUUCAAUCCACGGUCUAUCACAUCCAGGCAUCCGCGCAACUCGCAAGCUUAUUUCUGAUCGCUUUGUGUGGCCAGCACUAAACAAAGACGUGCAGAUCAUGGUGAGAAACUGCCUCCCAUGUCAACGUUCAAAAGUGCAACGGCAUACUCAGGCACCACUUGGCAACUUCACCGUUCCCGAUGCUCGUUUCAGUCAUGUGCACAUAGACACCGUUGGUCCACUGCCGCCGUCGAGUGGAUACAAGUACCUACUGACUUGCAUCGAUCGCUUCACUCGUUGGCCCGUGGCAGUACCCAUCGCAGACAUUUCUGCAGAGACGGUAGCACAUAACUUUGUGGCUCAUUGGAUCGCGCAUUAUGGUGUACCAUCCACCAUAACAACUGAUCGCGGUGCGCAAUUCGAGUCGACGCUUUUUCGAGAAUUAACCAAUACUCUCGGAACCAAGCGUAUAAGAACAACUGCGUACCACCCAUCAUCGAACGGGUUAGUCGAACGUUUCCACCGUCAUCUCAAAACAGCUUUGAUGGCAUGUUCCGACACUACCCGUUGGACAGAAACCUUACCGCUGGUUUUAUUAGGUCUUCGAACGACACCUAAAGCUGAUUUAGGUUGCUCCACCGCGGAGCUGGUAUAUGGUACCACGUUAAAGCUCCCGGCUGAUCUCGUUCAACCGACCGACAUCGACGCUAUAGAUCCUUCAAACUUUGUCCAUCGGCUACGUUCAUCUAUGCGUGAACUGCACUUUAUCCCCACACGCGCACACACCAAUAAGUGUUACAUACCGAAAGAUCUCGAAACUUGUUCACACGUGUGGGUACGAAAUGAUGCAGUCCGCAAGCCAUUACAACCACCGUACGAAGGACCAUUCGAAGUGAUCGCUAGAACCGAAAAACAUCAUAUGAUCAACAAGAAUGGUAAAGUCGAUGCGGUUUCCGUAGAUCGUCUUAAACCAGCGUACAUCGAAAAACCUUGUAAACAACAAUCUACUGAUUCUUACUCGACACCGUGUACGCAGCAGACACCACAGCUCGUUGAAGAUGACCCGCAGCUUGUAACAUCUAAAGCUAAGCCACAAGGAGAUAUUAAUACGCGGCAGACACGGUCAGGAAGGCGAGUCCAUUUUCCAGACCGCUUAGUGUAUCACACAUCUUGACAAUAUCAUCUUGUGCUGCUGAUCACUUGCUAGUACCGCUUGCUGCCAGUCUCCUCCUGUUUGUUUUUCUCCAGAUUCCGCCAGAAUGCAACUGAACAUCUCGCACGAGGAAGAAGCGGAUUAUCCAGUCUAGACAAAUCUAACAUCCGUGCAUUUACCAUCCUGCACUGCUCCCAAAUCUUUCAUUGUACCUUACACACAGAAUAUUAGCCUGCAUGCCUCCCAUACCUCAGCCUCGGGUAUUUCAUGCGACACUGUACCAGGUAGAGGUCAGUUUUACCGGCUAUUCCCACCGGGUUUUUUACUCCUGGUCGCUUGAACAUCGUGCGACUAGCGCACUGGUGGGGAGGUAUGUAGUGUACCUUUCACAUUUUAUUACAUAACCUUCCGGUCAGCUGAUAAUAUCGCCAGCUGUAUCGACUAUUCUUUCAAACGCUUCAUACAUCGAUCAACUUUCCUUUUUGAAUAGCCGGCUGACUCUAGACUACCUCGUGUAUAACAUCUGGGAGCUCCAAAUAUACAUUUAUGGGAAUACACGUAUUCAAUCCCUUUUGGCAUCCAAGAAUGACGGGUUAUUAAACCAGGAACUCCGCAACCAAAAGGCGUUACCAAAAUACGAUAAGUGGACCGCCGA